CCAAGUCCUUCUCCACAGGGCUACUCUCAAAGAGUUCUUCUUCCAGUCUGUAUACAUAUCUGGGAUUACUCUGACUCAAAUGCAAAACCUUGCACUUUGCUAUGUUGAACCUCAUUAGGUUCACACGGGCCCAUCUUUUAAGUUUUUCAAGGUCCUUCUGGUUGGUAUCCCUUCCUUCUAACAUGUCAGCCGCACCACUCAGCUUGGUGUCAUUGGUAAACUUGUGCUAGCAGACCACUUGCAGGAAACAGAGCUAAGUCAACAGAGAUAUAUGAGGAUGCACUAACUUGCUGAAUUUUGUAAGUGACCAAUUAAAAAGAAAGAGUAUGGAUAAAUUGAAGGGUAUGGAUAUAUGUAAUGUAAGUAGUAAGUAAGUAAGGACAGUUUUGUUAAACCUGGCACUUCAGGGAUGCUAAUAAAUUUUCGCUGAUGUAAGUUGUAAAGACAGCGAAGGAAGAAACUGAGGCCUUAUUACACACAAAUAUUUGAAUAAGUCAGUCCUUAAGUGUACAAAACAACAGCUGUUUUCCAUGUGCAAAAUAUGAAAUGGACAGAUUUGCAAGGUAUGGAUGUUAAGAUAUUAUUUAUCUGAAAAUUUAGUCUUCUUUCAAGUUCAUUUUUCCAUACUCACAUUUAUCAGAAUACAGAAAACUAGUGAAACAACAUAGACUUUACUUGGUUCUCUCGUGUGUUUUAGUUAAUAUGUUUUAAGACAAAGAAAAAUCUGUACACUUACAGGGCAGAAUAAAACACAUUUACAAAUGCACCACUGGGUUUAAGUACACAACAGUCACACAGAAUGAUUUUCACUGCAGGAGAAUCUCUGUCCAGAGAGAAUAUAACCACAUAGUAAAAAUGAUCUAUGAAAGUCUUUCUGCUGAGUAAUUUAAAAGCCAUGCUUGAGCAUUCUGUUUUAUUUGCUCCAGCUCCUGAGCAGGAUAAAAAAAAUAAUUUUUUCUUUAUAUUGCUAUAAUUGAUGAAAUUUAGGACCUGUGCAUGGGGCAGACUAAUCUCUUGCAGCAACCUAGGAUGCAGGCUGCUGGAAACAUGGGGAGCAACUCUACAGAAAAGGUCCUGGAACAGCAGUAGGCAGCAGUAUGAGUAUGGAGCAGCAGUGACCUUGGCCACAAUGAAAGCACACUGUGUUUCGUGCUGUAGGAACUGGAGGAAGCUGAGUUAGUCCCAGUACAGGAAACACAGCAAGACCACCCAGAUGGUCAGGGCUGGAGCAUUGUUGUGCUCUGCAGGCUGAAGGAUCAGGUGUGGUUCAGCAUGGUGCACUAUGCAGUAGCCCCCUCAAAACUUACAGGGAUGCCAUCAGGAAUCUGGAAUAAAAUUAUUCACAGCAAUGAAUGGUGGGAGGAGGAGACAACAGAUAUGAAUUGAAGUACAAGAAGUUAGCAUUAGAUAGAAGGUGGGGAAAAAUGACUCUGAGAAUAAUUUAGCAGUGGAACACAUUGUCCCAGCUAGGCUGUGGGAAAUGUUGUAGGUUUUCAAGCCGUAAUGGAAAUAACCUCUAUUCUCAUGGCUGACCCUGCUGUGAUCACUGGGUUGGGAGAUCUCCUCAGGUCCCUUCCAGUCCGAAUUAUCCCAUCAUUCUACAGACAUCUCUGAAGCCAGUCUGUAAAAUCUCCCUGAGCUGUUGAUAUGCUGUUCUUCCCACUGUCAAGUUUUCCUGUUGCCUAAAGUGAACUCUUCCUCUGCAAUUUAAACUCAUUAAUUCCUGGUUUGUUUUUUUUGGUUUGUUUGUUUGUUUUCCCCACUACAGAUAAACACUCUCCCUCCUUGCAAAAAAGUUACUUUGUAUUUGAAGACUAUUACCAUGUCAUUUCAGGUUCUCUUAGAGGCUUUUCAGAUGCUUAAUACUUUUUGCCAUAAAUGUCACAUUUCAAUUUGUUCUGACUUUUGGGUAACCACACAUGCCAGCUCCCUUGAAGAUUUCUGAGGAUACUGAAAGAAAGCAGUUUAACACAUUGGGAGUACACUAAGAUUUUCCCCUCUAGCUGAACUACAGACACACUGAGAAACAUGCCAGAGCAAAGCAAUGAUUACAGGGUUGUUGUGUUUGGGGCUGGAGGAGUUGGCAAAAGUUCUUUGGUCUUGAGAUUUGUGAAAGGCACUUUCAGAGAGAGCUACAUCCCCACCAUUGAAGACACCUAUCGGCAGGUGAUCAGCUGUGAUAAGAGCAUAUGCACUUUGCAGAUAACUGACACUACAGGGAGCCAUCAAUUUCCAGCCAUGCAACGUCUUUCUAUUUCUAAAGGACAUGCUUUCAUUUUGGUUUAUUCUAUCACCAGCCGACAGUCCUUGGAGGAACUUAAACCAAUCUAUGAACAAAUAUGCCAGAUUAAAGGAGACGUAGAAAGCAUUCCAGUAAUGCUGGUGGGGAACAAAAAUGACGAGAACCAAAAUCGAGAGGUAGACAGCAGUGAAGGAGAAGCCAUGGCCAAGAAGUGGAAGUGUGCCUUCAUGGAGACCUCUGCCAAGCUGAACCACAAUGUGAAGGAGUUAUUCCAAGAGCUGUUGAACUUGGAGAAACGCAGGACUGUGAGUUUACAAAUUGAUGGUAAAAAAAGCAAGCAGCAGAAAAGGAAAGAGAAGCUGAAGGGAAAAUGUGUAGUCAUGUGAAACUGCACUGACAGGAGUCUGUCAUACAUUCUCACCUGUCUGAUAUUACCAAUAUAAAGACUAUACACAGCAAACAACCAUACAAAAUCCUAUCGAUUGGUAUCUGUUUUAAAACAAAUAUUUGGAAUUUGAAAAAAAAAAGUUACUGUGAAAACAGCCAACAGUUGGAAGAAUCAUGCUCUCUAGAUACCAGUGAAAAAUUCAGGACAAGAAAAAUCAUCUUUAGCAUACUGUGGAAGACUUAGAAAUCAACACCAUAUUUAUAUUCUUAUGUAACUACAGUGGAAAGCAAUUUAUAUUGCUAGAAAAAAAAAAUGCUCAUGCUAGGACAUGUAACUGCACACUGGAUGAAGAUAUCAUACUCUUCGAGAGUGCUGUGGACAAAUAGUUCUGUGCAAUUUUCAGUACUGACUGCUGAGGCAGUGUGAAUAAGGUAAUAAUCUCAGAUCUGCCUAAUAAACUGUUUCUCACCAAAAGGAAGUGUGAGGGUUACACAGUUAAAAAAAAAAUGGAGAUUCCCUCUACCUCCCUGAGUACGAGAUGUCUUUCCUGUAUGAUACAGUGUUUGAAAUAAAGACAAGGAGAAGCCAGCCCCUGUAGGAUAGAUAUUCAUCUCCUUCUCUGUAUCCAUCAACCCAGGAAUGACCUGCAGUUUUGACCCCAAGGUAUUUCAGAGGAGAAGAUGCUUGCUGUUGAAGAAUGUCAGGAUACAUAAAAACUGUGUGUAUAUGGCAACAGAUAACUUCUUCAGAGAGUGGCUGGAGAGUCGCCUGCAAAGGUCUCUGUGGAAAAGGCUGACUUCAAGCACUGCUGAUGCGUAAGUGAACACACAACAUGAUUUGUGAAUGAACUGGAGGACUAUUGAAAUCAUGCUGCUUUUGGAGAGGGGUUAGUGUAGUAUUAGGGAGGUUUUACUCAUAUGACCAGAUUAGCUGAGUAAAACUUCCUUCCAUUAGUAUAUUCCAAUUAGAAUAGUUUUUGAUUCAUAAAUUACAAGAUGUAUUGUGUUUAUAUUGUCUAAAGGGUUUUGUAUUCACCAUUUAAACACACAGUUUGAACAGCUGUGACCAUUUAUAGAACCAAAUCUUACAUCUGGUAUUAAAGCCCAAAAGAGUCUCUGAUAGAAGGCUUGCUGGGUAAGUACUACAGCAUUUGGCAUGUUAAGGGUUGCAAUCAGUGCUGUGUUACAAUGCCAUAUAAGGGAAAGAGAGGAGAGGAGAGGAGAGGAGAGGAGAGGAGAGG